AUGGGAUUUAUAGUGGCGGGGCAUGGCUAUAAAAGGCGUAAAUUCCGUGCAGAUAAAGCAGGGCUGGUUGUAUUGCCCGACGGAUUUCUUCGUGUGUCUCUGUUCCGCCCCUCACCAAACAGAAUCCUGAUUCCAACACCUCCACCGGAAAAUGUGGAUUUAAUAGAUUUACCGCCCGAAAUUUUAUGGCGAAUUUUUGCAUACACGGGCCUUGGUUCUUCCAACCUGCUCCAUUUGACGUGCUCUUACUUCUCCAGGCUAUUCACUACCAGUAAUCCAUGGCUUCUAACGCUCGUAGCACGAAAUAAUUCACUUUUCAAUCUCAAUGCGGAAUUUGGAGUGUCGACAGGAAAUUGGCGUGAAAAGUUUCUUGUGGAAUUCAAUUCCUUGCCCAGAGAUGUAGGAGACCAGAAACAGAUCCAGCAGUUAUUUGAAACAGCUUUCAAAAUUCUCGACUGUGCCGAUGCUAUCGAUUCCGCGAUUUUUACUCUUCCAAAUAUAGGUGUGCCUCAGAUCGAGGAGUUGCGCCUGUUGAACCAUUCCCUCGUCUGUGAUCGUCGUGCCAUCAAUGAACAACGCAAAUCACGAGAAAAGUACUUGGAGUGGCAAUACCAGAUAUUGCAGGCUUUCAGCAAAAAAGUUAAAGAUGGCGCAGGCGCCGAGGAUACUGGUCCGUCAGUCGAAUUACUACUAAGUGAAUCCGAGAAUACAGAACAGAUCAUGAAAUUUCGUGACUUGCAUGGUCUCGCCGCGUUCGAACCACUUAUCAAAAGUCAGAAAAUCUCUGCAACUCUUUCUGGUCCAGUGAAUGUAUCACAGGUCCGAAAAAUCUUAGCCCUUAGCAAAUUGUUUGAUCUUGAGUUCCAAAACCCGACCCGAUUUGUUGCGAGAGUAUUGACGAGCAAAAUUGCCCUAAGUGAAGAGCUUGCGGAAGUGUUGUUGGAUAUCAUCAAUGUUAAUUCUGUUUCAUCAAAGGAACUCUUGGGUGUGCUCUCAGCGUACAAGAGUUGCCAGGAUUUUCUUUUCGAAGUGCCUUUAGAAUCCCGGGCAUCGCACUAUUUACAGCCACUUUUGGAGAAAUUAUACACUAUCAUGGAAUUGUGCUUGUCAUCAUACUACGAGAAUGGGGAGGGACGGCUGCUGGAUGGGCAGGUAUGGGAGCUUCUCUAUCAGAUACAAAUCCCAGAACUUAUAGAACACGUAGUGGCCAUGGGAGGCACACCUACAUGCGACGUCUUAUAG